UCAAGCACAUAGGAAGACAGAAAAGAGACCAGUAUGAAAGGCCAAGAAACCAUUAAAGCACAAGAUCUGAAUGAGAUAUUUAACAUGAGCCAAGAAAACAUUGAAAUAUUUGAAAGUAAUUUAACAGAAGAGAAAAAGAAGAGAAAGCAAUUGGCAUGCAGUCUUAAUUCUAUACAAAAGGCUCUGAGAGUUAAAAGUGAGGAAUUAGAAAAAUCAAAAUUGGAACUUACAUGCCUAUAUAAUGAAAUGCAAAGUCUUCCAGGGGCAGCAGACAGCAAAGGGCAUUUUUUAAUGGUAUAUGACCUGCUACAAAAGGAGAAUUCUGAAUUAGAGACAAAGGUCUUGAAGCUUUCACAACAAUUUGAAAAUUUAAAUCAUUUUACUCUUGGGGGAAAAACAGCAAAUUUGAUUACAAGUGAGAACACCUGUAAAGAUCUUGUGUCUAAAUUGUCAAUUUUGGAAAUAGAGACUCAAAACCCAAAGGAGGAGAGAGAGGAACUCUGUCCCACAUUAGGAGAAAGUGAACAGAAGGAAAUUGCAGAGGAGUCAGUACAGGAGGGUGUGGUCCUGAGAGAGAGGCAGGAGGAAGAGGACUGCCAGCAGAACCAAGAUGAGAAAGAUGCAGAAGAGCCGUUGAUCAUGAAGGCUGAGGAGGUGGUGAGGCUUAGACAAGAGCUGAGCCAUAUCGACCAGAGCCUGCUGCACUCCCAGAGCUCUGGGGAUAGUUCAGAUGACAGCUGUGCCCAGUAUCCACGAUCUGGAGAGAAACUGAAAUGCCAGCAGCAAGAGGAAGUACAACAACUGCGCCAAAAUUUGCACCGGCUCCAGAUCCUUUGCAACUCUGCUGAAAAAGAGCUGCAAUAUGAGCGAGGGAGGAACUUGGACCUAAAGCAGCAUAAUAGUUUACUGCAAGAGGAGGGCAUUAAGAUGAAAAUUGAACUACAGCAGGCCCAACAGAAGUUACUGGACAGCACGCGGACGUACUCCUCCCUCACGGCCGAGUGGAAGCAGUGUCAGCAGAAGAUCAAGGAACUGGAGCUGGAAGGACUCAAACAGGCUCAAAGCAUCAAAGCUCAGAGCACGCUACAGGAAAGGCUGGCUCAGGAGAAGGCGAAAGUCGCCAGUGCUGAGGAAAAGAUUUUGGAACUGCAGCAAAAACUAGAAUAUGCCCAGAAAGUCUGUCUCACAGACGCUUGUAUUUUGAGGAAGAAACAACUUGAAGAAAAGAUCAAAGACGCAAUAGAAAAUGAAGCUAAAGUGAAACAGCAGUAUCAGGAAGAGCAGCACAAGAGGAAACUCCUAGAUCAGAAUGUCAGUGAGCUCCAAAGGCAAGUGAAGACCUUACAGGACAAAGAGAACCACCUGGAAAUGACCAGUUACCAGCAACAAUCCAGAAUUCAGCAGCAAGAAGCCCUCCUCAAACAACUGGAAAACGAGAGAAGAAAAUCUGAAGAGCAUAUGAAGAACAACCAGGAAUUGUCAGAGAAGCUUUCUGGAUUACAACAAGAAAAGGAAGCACUUUGUGAAGAAUAUGGGCAAUUUUUGAAGCAGGUGGAUGUCCAUGUGAGGAACUAUAACAGGAAACAUCACCACAACAAACUCAAGCUUCAAAAAGUCAAGGAGCGUCUGCUUCAGAAAGUAGAACUCCGAGAGGAAAGAAUCAAACACCUUGAAAAUGAAAUCGGAACACUGCAACAGCAAAUGGAAAAGGAAAGGGCAUUGCAGGAGCAGGUCACGGCCCAGAAUGAUGCUCUGCUCCUGGAGAAAAGGAAGCUUCUGGAACAGGUCACUGAACAAGAAGAAGUGAUCCACAGCAACAAAUGCAUAAUAACUUCAAUCCAGAGCAGAGUUCUCUUCCUGGAUAAAGAAAACAAGCAAUUACAGGAAAACAGUCUCCGGCUCAUCCAGCAGAUCAGCCUCUUAGAGCGCGUGAUACGAAGCAUCAAGAUGCGUGGAGGGCAGGAAACAGAAAUCCCUGAACUUGAACUACUGAGCAAAAUACUGCCUUUACCAAACUCCAGUUUUCUAGGAACGGGUGGUUUGGGAAUCGGAAGUCCUCAAGAGACGGAAGAUCGCAUGUUACAAGCAGUAAUGGCAGUCCCAGAGUCGCCCGAGUCUCCUUCACGUUUGAAGAAUUCCAAAGCAGGACACACAACUGUCGGUUCUCUGAAACAGACACACAGCCUGCCAGAACAAGAACACAGCUCAGGACUAUAACCUCACAGGUGUCGAACGCUACACUGACCACACCUGCCGAGGUGCACUACGGCGUACAGGAUCACCACACAGCCCCACUGGACAUCAACCAAAAGUCUUCCAAGACUAUGAGUAUGUUCAUUAAACCACUUCAGAAAAA